AUGGCAUCAGAAAUAAUGGAAUAUGAUUUUUUUUCAGUAUUACCAAAUGAAGUUUUGUGUAUAAUAUUUUACCACAUUCGUCCAUAUAAGCAGUUAUUAUCCACCGCUUCUCUUGUUUGUUGUCGUUGGCGUCAGAUCAUAUUUAAUGAACAGUUUACAAACGAAUAUUAUAAAAUCAAAUAUCGUCAAUCAAAUUUAAUUGGGUGGUGGAAAUUUAGUAAGCCAGGAUCAGUUGGGUAUGAUUCAAGUGGACUCAUCGGUGAAAAAUGUACAGUUAAUGGCACUCCUGAGAUAGAUCAAUGUUUUCUCGGCAAUUGUACAGUAUUCGAUGGGCAUUCGUCAAUACGAAUACCAGUUAUGAAUUAUCCACAAUAUCAAAUUGACUUUUAUUCAAUAUCCUUAUGGGUGAGCUUUGAUUCAUGGGUAGAUUAUAAUGGAUGGAAUGUAUUUUUAGCUGCUUGGGACGAUGAUUUGAAUAAAAAUUGGAUACAUCUAGGUUGUCAAAGGAAUCACAUUCAAACUCAAGUAGUUAUAUCGGACACUUAUCGGUGUCAAUAUGAUUGUAACGCACAAAAUACACACAUUAAUAGGAGAACUUGGUAUCAUAUUGUCGCUCGAAUCAGUCGUCAAAAACAAGAGAUAUGGAUAAAUGGAAAAUUGAGUGAAAUCAAAGAAAUGACAAAUCCACGUGAUGCGAGCACCGGGCGAUCGUAUUCGUGGGCAAAUGAAGAAACAUGGUUAGAAGAAAAAAUGUCAAUGCCCAAUAUAUUAACGAUAGGUGCAAAAAAUGAAUUGUACGAAUAUUCAUGGCAUGGUGGACGUUUAGCUGAUAUUUCUAUAUGGAAUUGUUGGUUAGAACCGAAAGAAAUUCGUGCAAUUUUUCAACAAAAAUGUUCAAUUGAUCAAAUGAAAAUUGGAACUUAUUUAUUUUCAAAUCUAUGUGACAUGUAA